AUGGAAGACGAAUAUGAAAGAGAAGGAGUCGAUACUUCCUUACUCCCCCCCUUUGUGAGUGAACAAAACCAUUGGAAAAAUCCCUAUUUUUUGCCCCAAAAACCCACCCUCUCCGUGAGUGAACAAAAAUUUUUUUAAUAGAAAAAAAAUUUUGAUAUAUAAGUGAUAAUUAGUGUAAUGAAAUCUCAAGCUAAUUCUGUUUAAUUUAAAUAAAUUGCAUUUUAAAACAUAAAUUUUAUAAAUUAAAUUAAAUAUUUGCUUCCCAAUUUUUGCAAAUUAGGAUUUUUUUAAAAUUUAGAAAAAAAAAAAAUUUUCUAUAAAAUUUAUAUAUAAAUUUUUUUUAAAAAAAAAAUUAACUCCGUGAGUGAACAAAAUUUUUUUGUUUCACUCACACACGAGGGGGGAGUUAGAAGAUUUUGAAUCAUAUGAAAGCUAUUUGAAUUCACAUAUCAGCGAAAUAGAUCGCUAUUACUUAGAAGAUGAAGAUCUUGCAAGACAGCUUGUUGAGCUUGGAAUCCAAGGAAAAGGGGAAAUCCUCACUAGAGAUGAAUUCGAAAAACGGAAGAGAGACAAUGAAGCAGCAAAAAAAGCCAAACAAGAAAACGUGCCAAAGAAACUAGCGAGCGCUGAUAAAGAUCUGACAGGAAAGCCUUUUCUGCAAGCCUUAGCCAAAAGAGAAGAGCAAGUCCGCAACGGCCGACUCACUACAAUCAUUUUUAUAAGAGAUCUGCAAUUCAAAGGAAAUAAAAAAAGAGAAAUAUCAGGAUAUAUUGAUUAUAACCAUAGAUUAAAGACAGAAAACUUUGAAGAGUAUUUUAAUGGGACGAAAUUAUUGCUGCCGACUCCUCACUUCCCCCUUUCUAAGUGAACAAAAAAUUUCGUUCGCUCACGAAAAAAGGUUAUUUUUUUUAUUAAAAAUUAAAAAAAUCCUAACUUGAAAGCAAAUAUUGAAUUAAUUUUUGCAAAAUAUAUGCUUUAAAAAUGCAAGCCAAUAAAAUUAAACAGAAUUAGCUAGAGAUUCAUUAUAUUAAAAAAAUUUCUAUGAAGGGUGAGUUUCUAUACAAAAAAUAGCGAUUUUUCCAAUGUUUUUGUUAGCUCACAGAGAGGGGAGUCAGGAUUUAAGCUACUAUUAUUGGGAUGGACAAAAGACAAGUAUCAAUGAAAGCCCAAAUUUUAGAGUAGACACUUACAGCGAAAGUGGCUUGCAAUUUAAGAAUAAAAGAGAUAGAAAAAUCAUAAACGUUGAUCCAGAUGCAGAAUCUCCUGGAGAUAACACACAAAGGAUUGAAAUACCAACUCAUGAAUAUGCCCAAGUUGUGUUAUAUGAUCAUUAUACACGUCGUAAAAAUUAA